UUUGUAUCGUUGUUCUAGUUUUUGAAGUGAUUUUAAUUAAUUUAAGUUAGUGUCCGAUAAGGAAAUCUGGUAUUAUAUUUUCAAUGUAUCAGUUUUAAUAUGUUUCAUACAAGUCAUCCGUGCAGUGAAUAGAAUUAUGUUAGUGUAAAAUUGCUGACUAGACUGCAACAAAAGCUCGCGAGCCGGCAGCGAAAUGCUAAGUAAUAUCAAGGUAUCAGCUGCAGGAAUUCUAGCAACAUGUCUCAUUAUAUUCCUUCGGGACGCACAAGUAUUGGGCCAUUUGGUAAAUCGACCCAGUGAUAGAUAUACUCUAGAUGUAUCUGGCUGUGCUUUGUAUCAUAAGCUCUGCUCACACCUGGAUGAUGAUCUCGGUAUUCUAUCUUGUGCACUAAAUGCAUCAUAUAACAAAACACAAAUUUCAGUACUUUGUCAGCACAAGCUAUGGAGUCAUCAGGCAGAGCUUUUAGACAAUGAUUAUAUAGAACAUAAAUUAAAAGAACCAUGUCAAGAUGAGCCAGUAAUAUUAAACUGUCUAAGCCCAUCAGAGUACAUGAUAGAUUGUGUGCUCAAGAAGAAAUCAAGUGUGCGAGAUAAAAAAUGUUGGAGGAUGAUAAAUAAAAUAGAAUCUCUUGUGUUUAAUGAUUGGCAAAUCAUUGGUAAUUUUCUAAAGAAUUGUUAUGAUGACAUUGAAGCUCAUACUUGUGGCCGUAUACCAUAUGAUCCUAGAAGUCUUUCUCAAAAGCAGACACUAAAAUGUCUGCAGGGGCAGGACAUGAACCUUGUGACAAUCAAAACAGAGUGCCAGGCUGAGAUGGCUGUGUUAGAGGAAAUGAAGUACAACACCCUUCAGUUGGACAAGAUCAUAUUUGCUGCAUGUAACUUGGACCAAAAGAACUUUUGCCCUGAUGAAGUCCCCGGCUCUUGGUUGAUGUACAAGUGUCUUUUAAGACAUAAAUAUGAAAAUGGAAUGAGGAAAAAGUGCCAAGAUCAAUUGUUUUAUGACCAAAGGAAUAUUGUAAUGAAUUAUAGAAUGAGUAAAGGUUUAGUAAAGUCUUGUAAAGAAGACAUAAGGAAGUAUCACUGCCGAAAAGGGGUUGUAGAUGAUAAGGAUGUCAGACUUGCACAAAUUUUAUUAUGCUUGGAAAAUGUAUCCCGCAAUGAUAGCACAAAAUUAAGCCCUGAAUGCACAGCUGAGAUGAUAGAUCAUAGAAAAAUGCUCAUGGAUGACUAUAGACUGUCACCAGAAUUGAUGCAGAACUGUGCCAAUGAUAUUACAAUGCUAUGUAAGGGUAUUGAAGCUGGAGGUAAAACAAUCCACUGUCUCAUGGAACAUGCCAGACCAAGAAAAAGGAAAGAUAAAAGAAUAAGUGCAGCUUGUCAAAAAUCUUUGGAAGCAUUAGUUCUGGAAGCUGAUCCAGGUGAAGAUUGGAGGGUUGACCCCAUUCUACGCAAGGCCUGCAAACCAGUGGUGGACAGAGCUUGUAGAGAAGUCAGUUAUGGCAAUGGUAGAGUCAUGUCUUGUCUGAUGGAAAAACUUGGAACCAAUCUAAUGACUCCUGAUUGUGAAUCUGCCUUGUUGCAAAUUCAAUACUUUAUAUCUAGAGACUUUAAGCUGGAUCCCCAGUUAUACAAGGCAUGCAAAUAUGAUGCUGUUACAGUAUGUAGAGCUAAACUCCAGUGGGCUGAUGCCAGUGAACACCAGUCAGAGAAAGACCCACUAGUGUUACCCUGCUUAUACAAUUAUGCUUAUAAUCCUGAUCUCAGAGGAAGGUUAAAACCAGGUUGUGAGACACAAGUCAGGAGAGUGAUGAGACAGAGAGCCAUCAGUGUGGACUUGAUGCCUGAAAUUGAAGACUAUUGCAUGGAUGAUCUUAUUAAUCUAUGUUUUGAAAAUACUGGAAAAGGAGAAGAAAUAUCAUGUUUACAAAGUAAAAUUAAAGAGCUUGGACCAAAGUGUAGAGAUAUUGUGACUAAUUUUACAGAAACUCAGAGUGGCCAUAUUGAGCUGAAUGCUGUUGUCAACAUUAACUGUAGAGUUCCUAUUGAGAGGCUGUGCUCAUCUGAGCUGAAAAGUAAGAAAGAGGAGGAUGACAUCAUGGACUGUUUGAUAAGUCAUAAAAAUGAUCCAGAAAUUAAAGCAAAUGUUAAUUGUAGGGCAGCUAUAGAACAUGAGCAACUGAUCUCAUUAAAAAAUUAUAAGUUUACAAGAAAAUUCAAGAAUGCUUGCAAAUCUUAUGUGGUUAGAUUUUGUCCCAAAGCAAUGACCAAGAGUCAGGUGGUCACAUGUCUGAGUGAAAUAGUGAGGAAUGAUACAAUCACUAAAAGAAAGCACACUAUAUUUAAGGAUUGUCGCCAACAGCUGAGACAGCAGCUGUUUCAACAAAAAGAGAAUAUUGACUUAGAUCCCGAACUAAAGGAAGCUUGUAAGAAUGACUUGCAAAUAUAUUGUGCUGGUGUAACACAUGGAGAAGCAGCAGCUUUAGAAUGUCUCCAGACAGCUAAAGGAAAGUUAACAGAUGAAUGCAGAAAGGCCAUAUUUGUUGUAAGAAAACAAGAGUUUGCAGACAAUGCUGUUGACUAUCAUUUAAUUACAACUUGUAAUAGUAUGAUAGACUUGUACUGCCACAAUACAGAUGCAGCAAAUAUUCUCGACUGUUUGAAGAUACAUCGCCAAGAACUACAUUUCGAUGAAAACUGCAAAGUAGUUAUUGUGAACAGGAUGAUAGAACAGAAUAUGGAUUACCGGUUCAAUAACAAUCUCCAAAAAGCUUGCAAAGCGGAUAUCACGAAAUUUUGUUCAGAUGUGAUUGGUAUAAAAUCCAUUUUUAAAUUAGCAAAAGAACCACAGGAUAUGGAACUUCAAGGGAAAAUGUUAUAUUGUCUGAAGGAGAAGUUCAGAGAAUCGAAAUUGUCAAUACCUUGUGAGAAUGAACUGGCUAAUGUUUUAAAAGAACAAGCUCUCAAUUAUCGUCUCGACCCCUUACUUGGGAAACUAUGUAAAGCUGAGAUACAGACAAUUUGUGCUGUUCCAAGCGAUAUUACAAAGUCUGAUGGACAGUUAACUUUUUUUAAAUCCCAGGUUGAAGAAUGUCUAAAGAAUGCUCUGUUGAAUCAUAAAAUCGUAUCGGCGGAAUGUGCGCGAGAAGUGGCACAGAUUAUCGAAGAAACAGAAGUGGAUAUUGAGGCAGAUCCAUUGCUAGAGCGGGCUUGUGCUAUGGAUUUAUUGACCUAUUGCAAAGAUUUGGAGCAUGGUGCUGGCAGGCGUUUAAAAUGUCUGAAGAUAAUUCUGAAUGAUAGCAAUAGGAAAUUAGAAGCUGAUUGUCAAAAGGCAUUAUCAAAUAGAUUAGAAAUGUAUAAACAUGUUGCAGCUUUGAAUGUGAUAGAAAAUUUCGGCGAUAUGUAUAACGAGAUAUCGUCUUCACCGUCUAAGAAAUACUUUUUAAUUGUAGGCAUCUCAAUUGUAGGUUUAAUUUUUAUAUGUGGUUUAUAUUGUGGCAAUUUGGCUAGGCAAGCUAUGUAUGUUAAGAGGAAAUAGAUAUUGUAAUAUAUAAUUUAAAUCAAUAAAAUCAAAUCUUUUAAUUAUUA